UUCUUUCCAUUUCCGAUGUGACGAGAUGCGUGGCCGAGCCAUGGUGCCAGACAUCUAUGGCUGCCAAGUGGAUGAGGAAGAAGCCCUGGAAGGCUUAGCAACGACUUGGCGCCUGGAGGACUUGCCUCCGCUUCCGAAGCCUCUUCGGGAUAAGCUUUUGCAGUCGCUUGGUGGCACCGCUUACGUUGCUGCGCAGAUCGCCCUGGCUGUGGGCGGAACGCAGGGCUUUGUACUCACGGCGUUGCCCAACUUGAGCCAAAGAGCACUGCUGACGCCGAAGCUUUGGUGGAUCUUCUUUGUGGCCAUUUAUGUGGAGGCGGGAAUUGCAUUGAUAUGUUUGCUUUAUCUUCUGUUUGGAGAUCCCGGUGUGAUUCGACGCUCUGCCGAGAGCUGCUUCCCACUACCAGUCGAAGUGGCACACAAACUGCAGCAGAACGAGAGCCUGCAGGAUCUAACAGCGAACAUCGACGAUGGCGACCGCACCUUCUGUGUGCGCUGCCUGGUGUGGCGGCCAAAGCAUGAGCCGUCCAUCUUUGCAGAGGCCCCUGCGGUGCAGAAGCUGAAACGAGUUGUCCGAUGGCUGGUCUUUGUGCCGGGCUUUCGAAGCGGCAACAGCCACCACUGCAGGACCUGCGGGCGCUGUGUGAGGUUCUUUGACCAUCAUUGCGGGGUCUUUGGGCGGUGCAUCGCGGGGACCAUUUGCUCUGGCAAUAUGCCUUUCUUCUUGAUGAUCAUUUUUAUGUCUUUCUGCGGCAGUUGCACGUGUAUCACAGCGUUUGCUGUUUCUGUGGCGAACUGGCACUAGUUGUAGAGCGUGUAGGUUAGUUGCUGCCAAAACGCGUAGCAGCAUAGGAGCAGUUGCAUUGCUGCAACAAAAAGAAGGUGUGCAGCACAGUGCAGUGCUCAAUUCAGG